CGAAGAAAAAAUUUGCAGCAGUGGAAAGCAAAGUACGUAAAAGUCUGUGGAAGAAGGAAAUCAGUUUUGAUACCUUGGCCAUCUCUUUGCGCAUCGCUUCAUACUGGCUGCACGAUUCCUGUUUCUGUGAGCACUUCUUUCUGCAGCCAUGUGAUUCAUGCGCUACGACUUUGCGCUGCCACCCCAAGAAGACAAACUGCUAAUCAAUGGGGACGGCAACUCCAGACAAAAAGGCAAGGAAAAAAGAAAGGAAAAAAGCUUCGUGUUUGA